GCGCGGCAGCCACACCUACUCGGCUGCGGCGGCGCGGGGGGCGCGGGGAGCCCGCAGGAGGCGCCCCGGCGCCGCCCCUCCUCCCCUCCUCCGGGAAGGCUCCGGCCCGGGACGGGGUCUGGGACCGGCGAGCACGUGAGCGUCUGCGAGGAGGAGCGCCCGGCUCGGGAGAGGGGGGAGGCCGCGCCGGGCCGGGCCCGCGGCCGGGGAGACUUGGAGGUCCAGUUUUCAAAAGAAGUGAAGGCAAGAUGAAGAAGCAUUUGCUUUUCUGGGGAGUCCUGGCCAUUUUUGUUAAGGCUGUUCUUGUGACAGCCCAAGACGAAGAUGAAAGGACUGUUCUUGUGGACAACAAAUGCAAGUGUGCCCGGGUUACUUCUAGGGUCAUCCCUUCUCCCGAUGAUCCUACUCAAGACAUUGUGGAAAGGAACAUCAGGAUUAUUGUUCCUGUUAACAACAGGGAGAAUAUCUCUGAUCCCACCUCGCCAAUGAGAACCAAAUUUGUGUACCAUUUGUCUGACAUGUGUAAAAAAUGUGAUUCUACACAAGUGGAACUGGGAAACCAAGUGGUUACUGCCACCCAGAGCAAUAUCUGUGAUGAAGACAAUGAAACCUGCUACACCUAUGACAGAAAUAAGUGCUAUACAAAUAAGGUCCCAUUUUCAUAUGGUGGUAAGACCGUAAUGGUGGAAACUGCCUUGACCCCGGAGUCCUGCUAUCCUGACUAAUUAAGUCAUUGUUGACUGCACAGCUUAUCUUGAAAGGCUCUCCAUUUUGAUCCAGAAAGUUAAUAUAUUUAUUACCAAUGAAUUUGAAGCCACAAUAUUUUGAUAAUGUAAAACUGCAUCCUCCAAGUUAUUAAAAUAGUAACAUUGUUAUUUUUAUUAGGUAAUUACUUCUCAACUCUUAAGUAUUGUAUGUUCACAUUUAAAGUGUUGAAUCUCUUACUGCCCUUGCCUGAAGGGGUCUAUGUUAAUAAUAUAAUUUCUAACAUUUAAAAAAAUAGACAAUGAGAGAGAACAAAACUUAAGUUUAAAAAUCAGGAUACAGAAUUAAAUUUUGUGGGUGUUUUUUGUACUUUUCUUUUCUUUUCUUUUUUUUUUGCUUUGCCUUGGAGAGCCAGAGCUUUUGCACAUUCCAUGCUAUUCACUUUGACAAAAAGUAAAAUGUGAUGUGUAGAGAAAAGUGAUAUGCAAACACAAGUCAAUUAUAGAUCUUCACUAAAAAAGUGAUUAGAAAUAUGUUUUAGAAAUAUUUAAAAAUAAUUAAAAUUGGAUCUGUAAUAUUUGUGAAACCAGUGAGCUGAAAGUUACAUAAUUAAAUGCAGAAUUAUAAAAUUUAUUUUGACAUAACACAGAUUUGGUAGCAGAUGAUACUUUUUUUUGGAUAAAAUUAAAAAAAAAUCAGGGUCAUGUAAGAAAUUCCCAUUGGACAUCAUCAAUGUUGUAACUGAAUCUAAUGAAAUAUGUAUUCCACAAUAUGUAUUCUCUUGCACAGUCUGAACAAUUAAAUAGAUUUUUAAGCAUA